UAAUUGUUUUUUCAAGCUUAAUUAAACAUGCGCUCUCUCUUGAAUGAGGCCACUGCAAAUAUUCACUGAAACCACACUCGCCAAUUUAUCAAAAGUUUUACCAACCCAUUGCCAAGCUAUCAAGGUGUCACAGAUUACAGAUACUUACACUGCCAACAACAUCAUAAACAGCUACAUAAAAUGCAAAGACUUGAGCAAUGCUCUCAAACUGUUCGACGAAAUGCCUACUCCAGAUACCGUCUCUUGGAACACCCUGAUAGCAGGGUAUGUAAAUUCUGGAUGCUUUGACAUGGCAUGGGAAGUCUUGAAAUCCAUGAAGAAUAAUGGGUUUGUGUUUGAUGGCUAUACUUUUGGGAGCAUAUUCAAGGGCGUCGCUUCGAGUAAUCAUCUUGAAUGUGGGCAACAGGUGCAUGCUGAUGUGAUCAAGAUGGGGUAUAAGGAAAAUGUCUAUGCUGCCAGUGCGCUUUUGGAUAUGUACGUGAAGUGUGAUAGAGUUGGGGAUGGAAGUGUGGUGUUUAAUGACAUGCCGGAGAGGAAUUCUGUGUCGUGGAAUGCUUUGAUUGCGGGAUAUGCAGAAAUGGGAGAUCACAAGCGUUGUUCUCAAUUGAUGUUGUCUAUGGAAAGGGAAGGUGUGGGGGUUGAUGAUGCCACCUUUGCACCACUCUUGACAGUGCUAGAUGGGGUUGAGUUUUGCAUGUCCGUGAAGCAGAUUCAUGGGAAGAUUAUGAAACUUGGGUUAGAGUUUGAUAACACUGUCUAUAAUGCUUUGAUCACCGCAUAUUCAAAGUGUGGGUGCAUUGAUGAUGCGGAAAGAAUUUUUGAUAUUACUUGGGGAUACCGAGAUCUGGUUACUUGGAAUUCAAUGCUAGCAGCUUAUACGGAGCAUGAUCAAGAAAAAUAUGGAUUUAAGCUCUUCUUGGAGAUGGAAAAGCUUGGUUUAGAACCAGAUAUUUAUACAUAUACUACCAUAAUAAGUGCUUGUUUUGUGGAUUCUCAACAGAGUCAAGGGAGAUCUUUCCAUGCUUUGGUUCUAAAGAGGGGAUUUGAACGGUUAACGCCAAUUGCUAAUGCCUUGAUUUCGAUGUAUCUGAAAUCCAAUAACAGCAGCAUAAAUAAUGCACUGAAAAUCUUUGAGUUCAUGCAUGUCAAGGACCUUGUUUCUUGGAAUACAAUUUUGACAGGGUUAUCGCAAAAUGGUUUGAGUGAAAAUGCCUUGAAGCUCUUUGGACAGAUGCAUCUCGAGUACCGAAAAGUUGAUCAUUAUGCCUUCUCAGCUGUCCUUAGAUCUUGCUCUGAUUUGGCCACACUCCAAUUGGGUCGACAAAUUCACGCCUUGGUUGCAAAAUCUGGAUUUGAGGUGAAUGAAUAUGUUGCGAGUGCUUUGAUCUUCAUGUAUUCAAAGUGUGGGAUAAUUGGAGAUGCCUGGAAAUCCUUUGAUGCAUCAUGCAAGGACAGUUCAAUAACUUGGAACUCAAUCAUUUUUGCUUAUGCGCAACACGGGCAAGGUAAAGUUGCUCUCGACCUCUUCUCCUUGAUGAGAGAGAAAGACGUGCAGCUGGAUCACAUCACUUUUGUUGCUGUUCUAACUGCAUGUAGUCACAUUGGUCUGGUAGAGGAAGGACUUACGUUCCUAAAAUCCAUGGAAACUGAAUAUGGAGUUCGCCCACAAAUGGAAAAUUACGCCUGUGCUAUUGACUUACUUGGUCGAGCUGGACGUCUACUGGAAGCAAAAGAGCUGAUCAAAGAAAUGCCAUUUGAACCCGAUGCCAUGGUGUGGAAAACUCUAUUAGGUGCCUGUAGGUCAUGUGGUGAUAUAGAAUUGGCAACUCAGGUAGCCUGUCAUUUGCUAGAACCCGAGCCCGGAGAACACUGUACUUAUGUUCUUCUCUCGGACAUGUAUGGACAUCUUAAGAGGUGGGACGAGAAGGCUAACGUAAAGAGGCUGAUGAAAGAGAGAGGAGUCAAGAAAGUACCUGGUUGGAGUUGGAUAGAAGUUCAAAAUGAGGUGCAUGCUUUCAAUGCAGAGGAUCAUUCACACCCUUGUUGCCAAGAUGUAUACCAGAUAUUGAGAGAAUUAGCGGAUCAAAUAAAAAUUUCUGAAAUUGGCAAUAACUCAAUCAAAUCUUUGGAUGAUCUUGAUCUUGUGGAUGAAAAUUGGAUUCCAGAUGAUCAUCAUUUACUGAAAUCUGUGAAGAUUUAAACUUCUCAGAAGUUCAUACCUCCAGAAGAAAAAAACUGACAUUUUCGACUGUGAAAUUGAGAAUGUUAUAUCAAGUCGUGUACCGUUAGCAAGAUACAAUAAUGCACCUACCGCACUAAAUGAGUCACUUCGGGACCACGAGGUAUUCUGUUAUCCUCUCGAGGUCGUUUGGUGGGAGAGAACACCUGUUGGGGUGCUCAACAUAUGCAUCUUUUUCAUAUGAGAGGUGCUUCAUGUACAGGCUAGCAUACCGAAUACUCACAGCACCGGGGAGUGGGUGGGAUUUUUGGUAGUUUUUUAUACAGGUGGGUCCUGCUUGGUUUGAGUGUUGGUAGAGGUUCUGUCCUAUUAACCCAGCAAAAUUCUUUUCAUAUAGAACCGUUUUAUAACAUUUUCUAUUUAAGUUAGACCGUUAGAGAGAUGAACUAUGUAGUGUAAAUAUCAUUAUUUUAAAAUAGAAAGCACCAUUGUCAUGUAAACUAAUGUGAUACUUUUGUUUCCAUAUUCAUUUUUAACAAAGGCAAGAGAAA